AUGGGCCAAUCGAGUUCCCGUAUCCCUGAGCACGAGCUCGAGCAGCUCAGCAUCGAGAGUGGAUUGUCUCGAAAAGGCAUCAUAACUCUUUACAAUCGAUUCAUUUCGUUGGCGACUCAUCGCGAUAAGACCACAAAUGAAUAUUUUCUGACAAAGGAUGAUUUCCGGUCAAUCACUGAGUUGAAACAGAAUCCGCUUGGCGAGCGCAUUAUCGACGCAUUUUUCGCCGACGCUGAAGUCGUCGAGAGAAAACGCGUGUAUUUCCGCGAUUUCGUCAAAGUUCUCAGCCACUUCCGUCCGAUCAACAAAAACAAACCGCAUCCGUGGAAUAGUCGCGAAUCGAAACUUCGAUUCGCGUUUACCAUGUACGACCUCAACAAAAGCGGAACAAUCACGAAGGACGAGUUUCAAGACAUUUUGCAAAUGAUGAUGGGACAGAACGUGCCAAUUGAGCAGGUCAUGUCGAUUGCCGACCGUACGAUGCGCGAGGCUGACAAUGACAACGACGGAUACAUCACCUUCGAGGAAUUCUGCAAGGUGAUGGAGAAGACUGAUAUUGAGCAGAAAAUGUCGUUCCGAUUCCUCACAUAA